CACAAAGCCACCCUGCCGCUUGCUCGAUACAACUGUUGUCAACACCACACACACACACACACCACCUUCUCCUCCCUCACCCCCUCCCCAACACCUCCGCCUCCAACUUUUCCUCGCGAUGCGACGCACGCACGAGAUUGACUAUGUGUCGUGGGCCGGCGACCUUGCGUACGGCCUGGGCAUCUUCGCCUUUGUGUUUGCGGCCAUUGGCGUGUUCACCCCGGCAUGGGUUGACCACCACAUUGACGUGGAGGACACAAAGGUCACUUUUGGACUGCCAGACAGUGCCCUGCGCAACAAGUCGCGCAUCGUCGGCCGUGGUUUCUUCCAGGCCUACGAGUUCAACGGCUUCGGCGUCGUCACCCUUGUGCCGUACCUCUUGAGUGAUGAUAUGGGUUCCCUGGACCCCUUCUGCGGGCCUCGCAACGUCACUUCCUCGCUCCCCGUGCUGCAGACCAUCAGCGCCAUCGACGACCCCGUCAUCGGCACGCGCGACCGCCGCUACAACUCCGGCGACUGGUGCACGCGACGCGAGACUGCCGCGGCCUUCACCAUUAUCUCCCUCAUCUUUGGCCUGGUUGCCGUCUUCUCCACCGUGGGCGCGCAAAAGGGCUGGUGCAGCCAGACCCCCUACAUUAUCUCCAUCAUUCUCGUGUUUGGAUUUGCCCUCAUUGGUACCAGCAUCAUGGGCGCCUACAUCGAUGAGGAGCAGAGCCGCGUAAACGACCAGGCCAUCCAAGACCGCUUCUUGCCCUUCAAGCAAAGCAUCCGUCCUGGCUACUCAUUCGGCCUCUAUAUCCUGGGCCUGCUCCUGUACGCCGCUGCACUGCUCCUGGCGAUUAUGGAGCGCUGCUGCUGCAACAAGGACGAAGUUGGCGGCGCCGAGAAGCGCGAGAGUGACGCAUGAGUGACGCAUGAGGACGCAUAAGCGAGCAUGGGCGCGUGCUUGUCAGGCAUGACUCGUCGUGCACCCACCUACCAGCUAUGCCUCAACAGUUGGUGCAUCCACUCGUGUCUGUCUCCAUCUGUCUCUCUGAACUUCUCUGUCUGUCUGUCUCUCCUCCGUCGUUUAUCAUCAUGUCAUCCCCCCCUUGUACAGCCAGUGCCAGCAACGUGCGCAGGUGCGCAGGUGCGCGGUGGCGUUCCAUCAACGAACCUUCCUUCCUGCCAACACCCGAGCAAGCGUUUGUUUGGUGCUGCUGUCGCUCACUUCUCUUGCCCUUCUGUAUCCAAACAAUCUGUAUGCGACACGAAUGGUUCCUUUCUUUCUUCCUAAACCCCCCUCCCCCUUUCUGUAUCCAAUCAGCCAGCUUUUUCAGUCGUACCUGUUCUUGUGUCCAACAUACAUGUUUUUGUUGUUGCUGCUUGUGUAUGUUGUGGUGAUGCGACGUGACAUGACAGCAUCCAUAUUGUGCCGUCCAGUGUCCGGUAUACACAGCAAGGUUCUUCUGCAGUCAGUACAUACAACUCUCGUCUGUCUUGUCUGUGCACGCACAUCUGUGUUUGUUCCACUUGAGCAAGCGAGUACAUCUGUGUGUAUGUUGUAUUGCACACCACAGCACCAUGCAUUUGAGUCAGUUCAUCCACCAACCCACAUACAGCGAGUGGCGUGAUGUGCAAGCUUGCGAUGUGGGGCACGCAUGGCAUUUGUCACACACACACACAACAAGAAAGCACGACAGGUGAAGCGAGGCCGAUAGAUACAGCAAUG